CGUCAAAAAAGAGCUUGGAAUGGAUCACCUUUGCACCAGAGUCAUGGCUUAUUCGUGGUACUCCAACCUCCCUAAGACCGAGAAGUUUGACGAUAUCAUUCUUGUCAGCGGUAACGGUCGCCACGGAGUCUGAACGCGCCGCGUGAGAUACGACUUAUUCCUACACAUCCAUUCGCCACAGCACGAGAGUGCACUGCGAUACCCUAAACUUGUAACACUGAAGUUGCAAGUGCAAAAGGACUCUGUUUGCCUCAGCGACAUAGGACACAAAGCGAGUCACUUUCACUCCCAUCAACAAAGCACGCGUCGACAACGGCAAUUUUGCAUUGUGGGUGAAAGAUCGGCCCUCGCAAAGCGAAUUUCGCGUUGUCUCGCUUUAGAUCAACGUGCUUUUGGACUCGACGCGCUCUGUCACGAUUGUCCGAAGCGCGAAAUUUCGAAUCAACCUAGUCCGGUCUCAAGCGUUCCAGAUCACGAUUCCAGGUACCUUCUACAACAACAUGUCUUUGACCACCUCACGCGUCCGAAGCGACGUUUCAGCAAAUGCUAUCUUCACUCCACGUGAACUGAAGCAGUAUCGACGAUGGCAGAAUUUACACACGACGCUGAGACCGAACGAGCAAGGCUUCCUUCCGACGGCAGAUGAGUACGAAGAUUUCCAGCAAUGGCUCCGGAAACAAGACUCCGGAUACUUCUCGGACAUAUUCGAGGACGUGGCUGAACAUAUCAAACCUUCCAGCGCAGACGAGCCACCCACAGCAAUUUUGUGUCGACACACCAUGCAUCCAAUCACAGCCGGCCAACUGAGAAAGCGAUGUCCUGUUUGUACGAUCGACAUGUAUAUCAGCUACACACGAGCGCUGGAGAAAGCGCUGAGAGAUGCUGGAGGGCGUGCACCAAGAGCCGCCAUGGCCGCGACAACACCCCAUCAAGAAGCUUUGUAUGCUGCCUUCGUCACGGGCAAACUCGAAGCCUUACAUUGUCUGACAGAGCUUGAGGAUUUGGCGGAAGAGGAAGAGAAGUGGCAUGCGCAGCAUAAAGAGUGGAAGAACGAGGAUGUGCGAACAGCGAGCCGAGCCCUGGACCUGUACUGGUCCGAGAACGGCGCGCUCACAAACCCGCGGUCACAACAGCCGAAUAAAACGAAAGCCGUCAAAUUCACCCCAGAUACCGAGUUUUGUGUGAGUCGGCCAGAAGACUACUAUAAACGAAGAUCUCCGCGCUACACCCCGGGCAGGUAUGCCCCGCAAGAGCAAGAAGACGAAGAAGACGAAUUAGUUUCAGAGGAUUCCGAAGACUACUCUCGGGCCCCGAUCCUGCUUCAACAAGGACCAAGCGACUCGAGAACGAACGGUGCGCCAGCUGGAGUUCAUGAAAGCCCCAGGCUUGAAAUGGUAGACGACGAGGAUAGUGAUGAUGAAAGUGACUGGGAGGAUAUGGACGAUGACAAUGAGACCGACGGAAGCGACUACGUCUACUUCGAGGCCGAGGAAGAUUGCAGUUUCGUGGUCUUCGGCGAGGACUGA